AAAUGCUGUUGCGCGUUCAGCUCGGGGAAGAGCAGAAAUACGUCAAGUUGUCUGAGCUGACAUUCAAUGCUUUCUUGAAAGAAGUGUGUCUAAAAUUCAACAUACCAGAAAGCAGACAGCCAGACAUUAAGGUGUAUGACCAGUCUGACACAGAAGUUGACUCAGAUGUUUUUGAAGAAAUAGUGAAGGAGUCACCUGGAACUUUCAGAAUCAUGCUGGGCAAUGGACUUGAUACUUCUCAAUCAUCAUCAUGCUCGGGUACAUCUGAUGACACCGUCAUUCUGAAUUUCACUGUGUGUGACCAUGUUGAAGAAGUAGCCGCUGGCGAAGGAAGCCAGCCUAAAAGGCCAUGCCACAUAAACUAUGAGGCAAAAGCGUUGAUUGAAAAAAUCCUAACAUCAAAGCCUGGUGGUGAACGCAUUAUGCAAGAGUAUGGAAAAACCAAAUCUCUGACAGAUGCCACCAGAAGACAGAUGAUUAACAUACUUGCUGCUGAGAUGACAGAAACACAUGGGACAUCCCCCCCCAAAAGUGUCAGAGUGACGUAUGCACAGGGGAUAGUAGCUUUGUUUCCCUAUCUAGAAGACCCAUACUCACAGCAUGGAUAUGAACAUUACUACGAUCCGGAGAGUGGUUCGGGAUACCUUGCAUGGCGCUUGAAGAUCAUACAAAGAAAAACAGCAGAGGAAAGAGGUGCCUCAGUCAGCAAAUCUCCUAAAGUUGGUGGGCCAGGCCAUGGUCGUCAGCCCUUCACCUAUGACAGAAAGCCAUCUGAUGAGGAUGUGGAAGCAGCUAUUGCUGUUUUGAGACACUCUGCUGAUGAAAACACUGUCCGUGAGAAGAUGAAAAUGACCUUCACAUAUCGGCAAGUAAUGGUCAACGAUGAAGCCAAAUCAUCAGAUGUCUUCUUGGUCUUCCCAAGAUUUCUGGACACACCAGGACUGAUAGAACAAGAUUUCAGACUUCUGUUUGGUGAGGCCACGGCCAACAAAUUCUUGGAGAAGUGGCCAACCACUUUCAAAGCAAAAGUAAUAAAGGAAAGCCAUGGACUUGUACCCACCACAGAACUCUUGGAUUUGAUGCGCAAUGCUGAGUCAGCUGCUGAAGUUGAGAAUGGCUGGGACAGUGACAUGUCUGCCAUCUUGCUGCUGCUACAUUUGCUACCACCAUCUGCACAAGGUAGAAAGAGGCCGGGAAGGAUGUCUGCAUAUCAAGCUGUAGAUCAGCUCAUCAGAUUUCAAAAGGUUGGAACCAGUGUGCAGCAGCAUCUAGACAACAUCACCCAAAGCAGUCAGCCCUACCUUCUCGCCCAGGGAUCCACACAGAGCAGCAUUCACUCCUACUUCAUUGUGGUUGACAAGCAUGCAGUUCCAUGCAAGGCAACAGGUUCAGUAGGAGCUUUUGACGAAGUCUUUAAAGCCCAUUACGUCUUUGGUACGUCAUACAGUUCUUCCUUGAGCAGCUUUUUCACUUUUGUGCAAACAACCAUCUAUAACAUCGACAUGGGGGAAACAAAGGAGACUCCUAGAGUUGCAGAGUUGCGAGCAAGAAUGGUGCGUUGAGAUAAAACUAUGAAGUGUUUUCUUUGCAAAAGUGACCAUGGAAGUCCAAACAACCUUGUUAAGCACCUUAAGGUAAUUCAUGGGCUAUGUACAGGCAGGACUCUUUUUCUGAAAUGUGGUCAAGAAGGAUGCUCACGUUCUUUUGGUAGCUUUUCUGGUUUUAGAAAGCAUCUUAAUAAGUGCCAUGGAAGCAGUUUAGUUGAUUCUGUAGAAGAUGAUCUUUCAUAUCCUCAAAGUACCGUCAACACAAGUAAUGUUUCUCACGUUGAAGUGUCGACUGAAUGUUUAGAGGCUGAGUCAGAGUUACUUUCGCCAUACAUUGUAAAUAGUUGUGCAGCUGUAAUUUCUGAUCUAAAGGCAGCAGGUGUUGGCCAAAGUACAGUGAAUUCUGUAGUGAAUUCCAUGGA